UAACGGAAUACAAGUUGACCUGUGUAGAGUGUUUAUUUAAUUUUACAUAAAAUAAAAAUGUCAUCGUCCGAGGAAGAAAGUGAUCAAUUGGCUGAUUUGGAAGCUAUCCGUGAUCAAAUGUUAAGUCAACCACGAGGUGAACGUAUGCAAGUUAGUGCUUGGGAAGAUGACGAUGACGGAGUAGAAGCUGAUCGUAAUGCAAAAGAACCUGAUGCAAAAGAAAUUCUAACUGCAGCGGAAAAUGGUGAUCUGGACAAAGUAAAAAAAUUAUUGACAAAAAAUCCUCGUUUAUUAGAAAGCACAGAUAAGGAUGGUUACACACCAUUGCAUAGAGCGUGUUAUGGAAAUCAUGUGGAAAUUGUGGAGUAUUUACUUCAAUCAGGUGCACAGAUAGAUGCUAAGACUAACGAUGAAUGGCAACCAUUACAUUCUGCAUGCUGCUGGAAUAAUGUUGAAUGUGCAGCAGUUUUAAUUGCAAAUGGAGCAGACAUAAAUGCCAGAAGUAAAGGGGACCAAACACCUUUGCAUUUAGUGUCUGCAAGUUCUCAUAAUUCUUCUGCUUUGCAACUUCUUUUAUUACACCCAGACAUAAAGCCUCGUUUAGUAAACUCAAGUGGGGAUACUGCAGAACAAAUUGCAAAGAGAACAGGAAAAUACUAUCCAAUGUUUGAAAUCAUUGAAGACUGCUUAAAUGUGAUCUGA